AUGCUGUUCAAAGGAUUGAUCGCCCUCGCGCUCGCAGCUACCAGCACACUCGCGCAGCAAUGGCCAAGCGAUGGCAAGACUGGCACGUUCGAAGUCUUUCUGACCGGCCAGGCAGAAUGUGGUGCACUCUGGCUGCAGAACAAGGUGCCUGGCCACGCGACUUACACUGUCAACAUUGGAGCGCCCUCUGUCAAAUUCCAUCUCGUUGCUGGCGUGGGCAUCACCUAUAUUGGUGACCAUACCGGCAUCACGCUCGGCGACGCUGGCUACAAUCCCGCUAAUGGCAAAUGGAAGAUCAUCUUCAACGUGGUGGCACCCGAGACUGGCAUUCAGAGCUGUGGAUGCGGCGCUGCCAUGUCGAUCGCCAUCGAUGUUCCUCUCAAGGGCGGUGCUGCAAACGGGUUUGUCUAUCUCAACAGCGGCAAAUUUUCGCAGACCUGCGUCGUAACGCCCGGCUGUAAUAAGAUGGGCAUCACGAUGCUCGUAGGCAACGGGAGCUGCAAAAUCACCGCGGCGCCCUAUGCCACGGUCUCGCCUGCCUGA